ACAAAUUUAAACUUCCCAAUCUUUUUUUUGCUCUGUUAAGAAAACUUUAGAGAUUUGUUAGCAAUGAGAUAUGGGAAACAGUUUACGGUGUUGUUUAGCUUGUGUACUUCCAUGUGGAGCUUUAGAUUUGAUCCGAAUCGUACAUCUCAACGGCCAUGUUGACGAGAUAACUCGUACGAUGACCGCAGGCGAGAUCCUUCAGGCGAAUCCUAACCAUGUCUUAAGCAAACCAUGUUCGCAAGGAGUUGUUCGUAAGAUCUUGAUCUUAUCUCCUGAAUCUGAGCUUAAGCGUGGAAGCAUCUAUUUUCUUAUACCUGAUACUUCCUUGCCGGAGAAGAAGAAGACAAAGAAGAAAAAGGAAGCCCAACGUCGGAAAAAGAGUCCUGAAAACGCCAAUGACAUCAAGAUUCAUCAUAUGGUGAGUACUAGUAAGGAUCUUGAUUUGACGUUGUGUGAGAAAUAUUUCGAAGAUGUUAUGUUGUCGUCGUGGAAGAAAUGUUGUCCGGCCGGUAAAGAAAAUCGUCACCGCCGGAGACAUAGUCGGUCGGGGUCCCUGUGGCAGCCUCAACUUGCUAGCAUCUUUGAGGAUUUUUAGUGUUUUUUUUAAGAAAAAAAAUAAUUCUGUCUUUUUUUUUCUUAAAUUUUUAAUCCGAAAAUCGGAUUUUAUUAACA